CAUACAGAUAAAUACCAAUUUUGGGUUUAAGCUAGGAUAGACUUGAGAAAAAAUUGUCGCCUUUUUUUGCUCACCUAACUGACCCCCGGUGACAUUUUCCUGGUACUUCUGUAGCAGAGUCUGUAAUACCGAUAUGGUUCAGAUAGAUUUUUAUGCCGAAAACAGAUUUUUGGAAAAAUGACCUGGCAACGCUGAUAACUUCACAAGAAUGUAAAUAAAUGUUGCAUGCAGGGAGGGCGAUAAAUUCAACUGGUGUUAUGUAACAGUACCCCGAAACUGCUGAUACUGAUGUAAACAAUACCCUGAAACUGCUGAUAAAUAUGCAAAUAUUUGUGUAGCCAUCUGUGAUAACAUUUUCGAAUAAAAAGCUUCUUCCUUUCUGUCAGCUCUGUUUGGCUAGGUCAACAUCGAUGUCGCAAAUUAAAAAGGCAAACUGAACGGUGAGUUGUAGUGCAAAACGAUACAGCAUCUAGGUAUUCGCCAACUUGACCUUGUCGUUUGAUUUUGCAAAAUAACUAUCAGUAGACUGGUUUGGUUGCUAUAGGUGGCUAUUAAAACUGCAAAGUUUGUUUCAUAUACUAAAUAAAUUUAAACAAAGAAAAUGAAUAACAAUCUGAACGGAACGGUGGACGGAGAAACGAUUGUGGAAUUUACUUCGCUCGAAUCGAAUGUACACCAAUUAAUUGAGGCAGCGAUUCAAGUGCGUAAAAAUGCCUACUGUCCGUACAGUAAUUUCGCAGUAGGAGCAGCCUUGAGGACGACAACCGGAGAGAUCUUCACCGGGUGUAACGUCGAGAAUGGCACAUUUGGGCCAAGUGUUUGUGCUGAACGAACGGCUAUUUGCAAAGCCGUCAGCGAAGGUUUUCGCGAAUACGCAGCCCUGGCGGUAGUCGGUUUCCAGGAGAAACAGUUCACAACCCCUUGCGGGACCUGUCGGCAGACGCUGUCCGAGUUCUGUCGCCGCGAUAUUCCGGUGUACCUUGCCAAACCAGCCCCGGCUAGGGUUAUGGUAACAUCCCUAUACAAACUACUACCGCACGCAUUUUUUCCCACCUUCCUGGAUAAUUGAUCUUUAUGCACCAUUGUUAACACUGACAGAAGAUAACUUGUUCUACCUCCAAAUCAAUCACGAGGCUAAGAUGUAAUGAGAUGUAAUUAGUUUCGCAUUGACAGGUUGCAUCUCUUAAAUGAAACCCAAAUAUAUACAGUUUUUUGUUGAUUCAAAGUGCGCAUUCGGUGUGCAUAAAUAAUAUAACCUUUACGAUUCUGUACUACUUUAAAGUCAUAGCUAGUGUCACGAGAAAUAUUUUGAAUGUAAUUAACUCUACCAAUUUCAAUAACACCUCAAAACUAUACAUUUCUACUUUGUUUCUAAAUGUGUAUCAUUGCAUAAAUGAAGUCAGUAGAUUUCAAUACAAACAAUAGUUAUGAAACGAUUUUCGAUAUUCGCUAAUUGCUAUAUAAAUUAAACUAAAUGUAUCAAGUCCAAACGCUUCAAAAAUUUUUUCAACUAAAUCGUAGUACAACGAAAAUUUUCAUUCGUCAUGUUUUAAUUUCUCUACAUACCUGUUAUUUCGUGUAAUUCGAUCGGUGUUGUGUGUUGAAAAAGUAUAGUUAAAAUCGGACUUAAAUAAAGUAAUAAAUUAAAUAGUUUUGUUAGUGUUAAUUUCAAAAAGUUGAAAUAAGAAUUAAGUUGAUCUUAUUAUUUAUGAUUUACAAAAAAAAAUGUAAAAUACCACGUCGUUACAUUCGUUACAUAUAAUUUAACUAGCGUCAAUUUUUUUUGUUAAGCAAAAUACACAAUUGAAUUUCAACGAUUGACUACAAAAGCUAUAGAGAAAUCCUUCAAGAAUAAUUGUGCCCGUAGACAAUAUAGACAAAAUAACAAACCGUUCAAAGUUCUGUGCCGAAUUAAAAUUAAACUUUUCGUCUUCACAUUCAAAAGUGAUGGAGUUGUGUUCAAC